AUGUCGAAAGACCCCGCAGCGCACGCGUUGGCGUUCCGCGUGAUGCGCCUAUGUCGCCCCGCGCUACAGGCGGACCUUCCGCUGCGCUGCUCCGCGCACGACCUCUGGCUGGGGGAAGACGACCCUCCGCUCGCCUCUUCCGCGCCCCCGCCCCCCGACGACGCUGCUCAUAACCAACGAACCACCACCCUGCUUCACCCUGCCCUCCAUUCCCAAGAGACACACACACACACCUCGUGUCAAACUUCACAUAACUCUUUUAUCACUCCCUUUCCCCCUCCGCGCAUCCUCCCCCCACCCGGCCAUCACCCCAUCCACCUCCCUCCCCCUGCCCUCUCCCCCUUAGUCCCCUCCGCCCCAUCCUUCCCCCCACUUACUCUCACAUACCGGCAUCCAUCCUCUCCCCCGCACACCCACGACAAGUGCUCUCCAGUUGAGAUAUGCCUAUCAAUGAAGCACGACUGCCCUCUGAGGCUGGUGUGUUCAGCGCACUACAUAGACUUUGGCGAGCACAAGGUGCUGCCGCAGUACUUCAAGUUCAUGGCUGCCAACCCCCUCUCCGUCAAAACCAAGGCACGCGAUCAUGCUGGCGUGGUGCGCACCAUCCGUGAGAGCACGUUUCUGGAGGCGUGCAUAGAGAACGGCAGCAAGGCAGCGCUGUUCCUCGACCAAGUGCGCUUCGAGCCCACCCCCGCCUGGCAGGUGGCCCAGUUAGAGCCCGAGUUCACAGGCAAGGAGGAGGAAGAGGAGGAGGAUGGGGAGGAGGGCGCGAGGGAGGAGUGGGGAGGCGCAGCAGUGGCAGAUGAGGAGGACGACACAGUCACAGGGGUGGCAUGGAGUGAAGUCAGGGCGCUAUUCAAGCCGGUGGAUCUGAUUCGAGCCAACGGCGGCACACGGCACUUCCUCUACCACCUGCACCGAACUCCCCCUCCCCCUGCAGCUGGCGGGGGAGGGGGGGCGGGGGAGGGCGGGGGGGGCGCAGCAAAGGUGGAGGGGGGGAACACGCUGGGGCGGCUGGAGAUCCUCUGGCGGUCAACACUGGGGGAGCCGGGGCGACUGCAGACGCAGCAGAUACUGGGGAAUCCCAUAGCGCGCAAGGAGGUGGAGCUGAAGCUCGUCAGCCUGCCAACCAGAAUCGUUCUCGAGCGACCUUUUCUGGUGCACUGUCGCGUGCACAACAACAGUGACCGCCCGUUGGGCCCGCUGCGAAUAGUCAUCGCACGGGACGAGCCCGUCACUACCACCACCCCCAGAGCCAUCGUUGUCAGCGGCCCCUGGACCAUGACCAUCAUCAGCAUCGCUCCAAACUCAUCAGCCGAUUUCAAUCUGUCCAUGGUGGCGCUAGCGAGUGGAGUGCACAAGAUAUCAGGGGUGGGGGUUGUGGAUGCACGGGACUCCAAGCCAUACGAUGCACUCACUCCCACCGAGGUUUACGUGGAGCUGCAAUAA